AUGCCUCUCCAAGGAUCUUCAAGUCCACAGCAUCCUCAACCACCUGGUGGUAUGGUAGAUCCAGGAGCAAUGCCUGGUCAAGGUAGCAAUGCAUGGCCUCCUGGUCAUUCCCAGAUGAUGGGCACUCCAGGCGUUUCAGAUGGGGUGCAAAUGGGUCAGUACCCACAAUUCCCAGGGCAGCCACCGAUGUUUGGCUACCAGUACCCUCAAGGGCAAGGAAUGUACAUGCCCUAUUAUCCAACGGUGACUCCAGAGAUGAUGAUGAACUACCAGCAUCAGAUGCAGUAUAUGCAGCAGAUGCACCAACAGUCUGCCCAGACUCCUCAACAGUAUAUGAUGCCUCAACAGUUAUUUUUUCCCAAUUUUAUGUUCCCUAGUCAGAUGUACCCACAAUUUCAAAAUCAACCGUCUCUACCUCAGAGUGAGGCAUGUAACAGUAAUGGAGGAUCUCCGCCUCGGUCACCAUCCCAAUCCAGAAGACUCAUCCGAGAUGAAUCAGGUCAGGAUAUCUUGGUACAAUCCCAUUCGCAAUACUCCAGUCAAGACGGAAAGAAGAACAAUGCCAGUAAUGCUGGACUCGCCAACCUGGAACAAGCUAUUAUGAUGGUCAUUGGAAACAGGAAAGAAGUCCCCAGUAGCGGUUCUCAAGCAAGCAUUUCACAGACCCAGUCACCAAGCCUUCCAGUGACCCAAAACUCAUCAGAUGCCACACCUGAUGUCAUUGAGUCGUCAACAGAGCAAGAACCAAUUGAGAUUAAAGUCAUCAAGAGGGACUCGGUGAAAAGACGAUCCAGGUUCAUUGUGGAAGCUGUUAAGGAGGAUACUGAAGAAUCUUCUCCAGAAGGCAAUGAAAAGUCACCAGAAGAACCUCCAGAGGAGAAGCCAAUUGAGAAGAAGAAGGGACGCUUCCAAGUGACCAAGAUCAAAGAUGGUGUCACAAAUGUUUCCAAAGAAGAAGCUUCCACAGAGACACCUUUGGUGACGGAUUCAGACACUAACACUUCUGUGGACAAGGCAAGUUCACACGUCCCUGUUACUAACACAGAUUCACAGCUUCCUGCUGCUUCUCAGCAUCCUGCUUCCCCUACCCUAGCUAGCCAAUCCUCUCCCAGACCUCAUCCUAGCCCUAACUCAAACUUCCCUCGCAUUGCUAGUAUUAGUCGCUGGCUAGAUCGCUUGAACUGUGAAGUACCAAGUAGCUCUAGUUCUAGUUUAGGUAACAAAGAAGGGUUAACCCUUCAGCUUCAUCGAGCAGCUUCAUUUGAUUUAUGCGGGCCUCGUUUUCUCAAAAAGAAACGCUCUGCAUCUAUUGCAUGCCUCCCUUCAUAUAUUUACACCUCUUCUGACUCUGGUGGCGGCUCUUUGUCUGAUCUUUCUGUUUCUGAUAAUGUCAAAUCAUACGGUGAUCGGCUUCUCCCAAGUGACUCUGUCGACUCCUCCACCCAAACUUCCCCUGCUGUUCUCAAAAAAGACCCGAAACUUCGAACACCAUUAAAACGGCAAGAGAAGGUUGAAGUUCCAGUAUCCCCUGAUAAAAUCAAUGAUUCAGAGAAGAAAACACCACCAGUCACGCCCUCUGGUGAGAAGGAAGUGUAUAAACUAGAAGAUGACAAUGAGUAUAAAGAGAUGAUCAUUAGGCAUCAGAAAGAAAAAAUGGAAUUUCACAAUCGGCAACAACGAGAAGUCUCAGCAUUUUUACAGAAGAAAGGCUUAACGAUGGCCUGUUUGAUGCCACCAAUUUCCAGCGGGAGCAGUAGCGUGUCGUCAGCAUCAAUGAGCCCAAUGAUUGGUGGAAUACCAAUAUCACCAGUUGUCAUGUCAUCAAUUACAGCCAAUCAGAAUCAGAAGGCUAUGGAAAAAGAAAAACGAACAUUUUCAGACGAUUUGUUCAAAUACACUGACCUUUCCUUACCAGCCAAAAUGCCUCCGAAACAAGACUCCAAGAAAAGUUUGAAUGAGAUCCGACAAGAGAUGGAAAUGGCCCCCUGGGAUGCAGGAUCCACGGCUAACAGUCGACGAUCCAGCAUUGACGUUACCGCCAUGUCUCAAAAUUACAUUUCUGAACAAAUACGUCAACAGCAGAUGCUUCAGUCCAUGAUGCAGCCCAUGUUUCCAUACCAACAAUAUGGUAAUUACCCUGUUUCAGGAACUUCCACCCCACAACAGUUCUAUCCUUACAAUGCUGGCUCCAGAAUGAACCUGAACAUCUCUCAAGGAUUGCCCCAACAAUCAGGAAUGCCCCAACUUCAAGGAUUCCCUCAACAAACCGGAAUUCCCCAACAAGGCAUUCCCCAACAAAUGAUGCCUCAAGGACUCACUUCUACACAAUCCCAAAUGAUACAUGGAAUGAACCAACAGCAAGGGAUUCCCCAGCAAGCAACAAUACAGCAAGGAUUUCCUCCUGGAAUGACACCGGGAAUCCAACAAGGUAUUCCCAAAGGAGUUUCCCAAAGCAUUCCACAGGGCAACCCCCAAGGCUCGACUGUACAAACGAACACUAUUCCAAAUCAGAACUUGACGAAUAGUUGA